UUUCAGAAAAAGAGAAAAGAAAUCCUCUCUAACAAAUGUGUUGUCUCCAAAUUGAACUCUCUCGCCAUCAUCCAUACACUUAUUAUAAACCUCUCUCUAUCUCGUGCUUCUGCUCUUCCUCUCUCUUUCCUUAUUGAUUUUUAAAUAUUUUCUCUCAUCUCUUUUCUCUUCAUUCUAACCCUUAAAACCCUCGUUUCUUUGAUGAUUUCUUUUCUCUAUCUCUUUUUGUAACCGUCCCUUCAUUUACUUCACUUCCUUUGACUUGACUUGACUAGGAAUUACCUUAACUGAGAAUUUCAGGCUUUGAAAAGGUCUUUGAUCCAUGUCCAAAGGAAAAGAUUUGGGGAGUGAAGAUGGAAGAGGGGAUGUGAGCAGAAAUGAUCCUGAUCUUAGUAAGAAAAGGAUGCUGGCAGAGGACUCUGGCAAUAGCUCUUGGAUUACUUCUAAUAGCCCCCCGAUGAAAAAGAUUGCUGUUUGUGAAAUUAGUAGAGGAUCGGGGUGUUAUAAUUUCUCUUGCAGCAAUGGUAGAGUUGGUGAUUCGUCAAAUGUAAAACCUCAGGAUGCAGAUUACUUCUAUGCCCCCCAACUCAGCGAUGAGCUAGAGAAUCUGAUUUUGGCAAGAGUUCCAAGAUCAGAGUACUGGAAGUUUCCAAACGUGAACAAGCGGAUACUCUCACUUGUAAAGAGUGGUGAGCUCUUUAAGAUUAGGAGGGAAAUUGGUGUUAGAGAAUCAUCUGUUUUUAUUUUUGCGACGGGGGACAAAAGUUGGUGGGCAUUUGAUAGACAAUUCUGUUCUCGCAGGAAACUUCCAGAUCUACCAGCAGACUGUUGUUUCUCUUUUGGAGAUAAGGAAUCCCUUUGUGCAGGGACCCAUCUGAUUAUUUCAGGCAGGGAGAUAGAGGGGGUUGUUGUUUGGAGAUAUGAAUUGGAAACAAACAGCUGGAAUAAGGGUCCUUCCAUGAUCAAUCCUAGGUGUUUGUUUGCGUCUGCAUCCUGUGGUGCCUUUGCUUUUGUAGCUGGUGGAGUGACCGGCACUGGUGCUGAUGUUCUAAAUUCUGCAGAGAAAUAUAAUCCAGAUACUAAAUCAUGGGAAGACCUUCCAAGGAUGCGGCAAAGAAGAAAGCUUUGCUCUGGCUGUUUCAUGGAUAACAAAUUUUAUGUGAUUGGAGGACGGAACGAGGAGGGAAAUGUUCUGACUUGUGCUGAAGCCUAUGAUGAGGAUAAAAGGGCAUGGGACCUGAUCCCAGACAUGUUGGAGAAUACACCAAUUGCUACUUUCCAAUCUCCACCCCUCAUUGCUGUUGUGAACAAUGAGCUUUACUCCCUUGAGCCUUCAUCAAACCAGUUGAAGGUAUACUUGAAAAAGAGCAGAACAUGGAAGAAAUUAGGAGCAGUGCCGGUAAGAGCAGAUUCUAACAAAGGAUGGGGUGUAGCCUUCAAGUCUCUGGGCAAUGAACUGCUUGUAAUAGGUGCAUCUACAUCCACAGUUUCUUAUUCCGGGGAUGGCAUGGCUAUAUACACCUGCAGACCUGAUUCUGAAGCUGAAGAAUUGCAAUGGAGGCCUCUUGAGUGUGGCAGAAACAGGCUGAGUAACUUUAUAUUGAACUGCUCUGUUAUGGUAGCUUGAAUUUUGACACUCCUAGGCAGUAACUCUAUAGAGUUGUUACAUGAGUAUCGAAUAAUAGCUACAUUUGAAAUUGGGAUUUGGCACACUAGAUGCAUCAAUAUAUAUUUUCAAUACAUCCUCAGGUAUUUCGUUAGGUGUCUCUCCAGAUUGUGUGGUGGAUGUGGGUAUUUGAGAAACCUAGCUGAAUUAUAGCGGUCGAGUGUCUUGUAUGUACUUUUAUUCUCAAUGACUUCGGAUCUUGGCAUGUUGAACUGUGUUCUGGCAUUGGUGUUAUCUUCUGAUACACAGCUUGUCAUUUUGUUUGGUGUCAUAUUCAGAUCAAGGAACAUAUGGCAAUAAUUAUGACCUUGAUACCACCGAGUCUAGGUUAGAUUUGUUGGAACUCUUGAAUACUUCUUCAAGAUCGGUACAGCAAAGGAGCAUUGCCUGUUACUGAAUUGGGAUAUUUGAUACUC